AUGGCACUAGACAACAACUUCACUAACAGCUCCUUCAACUGUACAAUUGACAGCUUCAAGCAAGUCAUUUAUCCCAUCAUGUAUCUCUCUAUCUUCUUCCUGGGUGCUGUCGGAAAUGGCCUCUCCAUCUAUGUUUUCUUCCAGCCUUCGCAGAGGAAGACCUCAGUAAACAUUUACAUGCAGAAUUUGGCUGUUUCAGAUCUCAUGUUUGUGAGCACUUUGCCCUUUCGAGCCACAUAUUACCUGAUGGGAUCACAUUGGAUAUUUAGUGAUAUCGUCUGCAGGAUCAUGACUUACACCUUGUACGUGAACAUGUACUGCAGCAUUUAUUUUCUCACCAUGCUCAGUGUGGUUCGUUUCAUAGUCAUUGUCUACCCGUUCAAACAUUGGAAAAUAACCAACAUAAAGUACGCCAAGAUAAUAUGCACAGUCAUAUGGCUGUUCGUGUUGGCAGCCUCCAGCCCUCUGUUAAGCAAGGAAAUCGCUGGGUACAAGAACCCAGACAAGUGCUUGGACCUCCACCCCUCCAGCACACACAGUCUCCUCAUGAUGAACAGCUUUGUCCUCGUGGUGGGCUUCAUUCUGCCGUUUUGCACAAUUAUCAUCUGCUACGUCUUUGCAAUCAAAGCGUUGCUCAAGUCCAGAGCUCCACAGCGUGAGAAGACGGUCUGUCACAAGAAGGCCCUGUCAACCAUCAUCAUCACUCUCAUCCUCUUUCUCCUCUGCUUCCUGCCGUAUCACGUGCUGCGAACUCUCCACCUGAUGCGCGGCAGCUGCAGCCAGGCCAACCUGCCUGUGCACAAAGCGCUGGUGGUUGCUCUCUGCCUCGCUGCCACGAACAGCUGCCUCGAUCCCAUCCUCUACUACUUCGCUGCUGAAAAUUUCAAAGCGAGAAUCAGAAGUUUGUACCGCAGGUAG